UUGUGUAUUUGCAUAUUUUUUACUGUUGCACGUAAUUACUAUAAACAAUCAUGUCUUUUAACAACGAGUGCCUGCAAGCUCACAAUGAGUACCGAGCUAAACAUGGUGUGCCGCCCUUGAAGUACAAUGCCCAAUUAUCAGUGGACGCUACCCGUUUUGCCCAGCAGUUACUCCGGGAAGGAGCACUUCGCAGCAGCAACGUCAGUGAUCUUGGCGAAAAUAUAUACUCUGUGCGGUCCACGGAUCCGAAUUAUACGAUCAGUGGAGAAGCAGCGGUAAAUCACUGGUACAACAAAGAGUCAGAACAUGACUACUCUUGUGAACCACCGGAGAACAACCCAACUGGUAACUUCACUCAAGUUGUCUGGAAAGACAGUCGGGAGUUGGCUAUUGGUUUGGCACAAGAGGGUGGAAGAGUCAUCGUUGUUACCAGGUACUCGCCACCAGGAAAUGUAAGGGGGCAAUUCUGUGCAAAUGUUCUACCACCGAUGUCAAGUGGUAUUCGAAGACAGGUCUGUCCUCAAGGACCACCCCAACCAACUUGCGUAAGACCUUCUGCCGCGUCAACUCCUAGAUCUAACGGCGCAUCUUCCUCUGGAAACUUUAACCGUGACUGUUUGAACCAACAUAAUAUGUACAGGGCUAAGCAUGGAGUACCUGCUUUACAACUAGAUGAUCAACUUUGCAGGUACAGUCAAGAGUGGGCUGAGGAGUUAGCAAGGCGUGGUGUGAUGCAACACCGGAGUCAGAAUACCUACGGAGAAAACAUCUUUUCUGCUUGGUCAUCUGAUCCUAACUAUACGGUAGAAGGUGGUAAGGCUGUUGAUUCAUGGUACGAUGAAAUUCAGUUCUAUACUUUUGGUCAAGAACCCAGGGAUUUAAAAGCUGGUCACUUUACCCAAGUGGUUUGGAGGCUUAGUGAAAAGUUAGGAGUUGGCAUUGCCAAAAAGAAUGGUCAUAUUUAUGUCGUGUGUAAUUAUUCUCCACCUGGUAAUUACGUUGGGAACUACACUCCGAACGUGCCUGCACCAUUGUAAUUGUUAAUAUAACAUUUUAUUUGCAUUUAUUGUAUUAUCUUUUAUAACGAAUAUACGUAGUAUGUAUUAAUUAUAAAUGUUAAAAAUUUUCAAUAAUGUAUUUAAAAAAAUGGUAUACUUCUGUCAAAAUGAUAAUAAUAAUUAUAUUUGAAUAUUAAUAAAUUCAAAUAUCAACUACGUUCAAUAAAGUUUAAUACAAGAA